ACAGCGUCGGGCCUGCGCUACUUUGACUUUGCAGAGGGGAGCGGCGCGCCGCCGCGGUUCGGCCAGCUGAUCCGCUUCCACUACGUCGGCUACACCGCGACCGACGACUCGCUCGAGCCCUUCGACUCGUCGUACGAGCGCCGGACGCCGUACUUCACAAAGCACGGGAACGGCUUCACCGUGCAGGGGCUGGAGGAGGCGCUGCACACGAUGAGGCCGGGCGGGCGGAGGCGCGUCAUCCUGCCGCCCAAGCUCUCGUAC